CGUUCGGUAGUCUUGCAAACUAUUAUCAUGGCGUCGUGUUUGAGGUUUGCAACGUCUCGGUGCGUGUUAUUGCUGCUAAGUGGCCUAUUGUUCGUCCUAAUCUGUGAUAUUGAUCGUGCACAGGGUGCUUCCGUCUACAAAUCACCUAAUCUUGACGAUGCACGUUUUUGGCGACGGAAUGCUGAAUCUUACCUUAAGAAAGUUCUAAUGUACGACGAGAAUCGUCGUAUCACACCCUCGGUAGCGAAAAACGUUAUCAUCUUCGUGGGCGACGGUAUGGGAAUUGCAUCGCUAUCGACCGGUCGCAUCUUCAAGGGUCAGCGGGCUGGCCGCUCGGGUGAGGAAGAGCAGCUGAGCUUCGACAACUUCCCUAACACCGGUAUGUCGAAAACAUACAACACGGACCGACAAGUACCGGACUCGGCCGGUACUGCUACCGCCAUGUUCUCGGGCAUUAAAACAAAGUAUGGCGUACUUGGGGUGGAUUUCACCAUCACCGAGACGAAUCUGGAGGCAGCCAAAGUACCUUCAUUUAUGGAUUGGGCCCAGGCGGAAGGAAAGCGAACGGGCAUAGUAACCACGACGCGUGUUACGCAUGCGACACCCGCUGCCUGUUACGCUCACACCAUUAACCGAAACUACGAGUGUGGUGCAAAGAUUCCUGCUCAUCUGAAGAACCGCAUCAAGGACAUUGCACGCCAGAUGAUGGAGGAUGCCCCGGGAAAGAAUCUGAACGUUGUGCUUGGUGGUGGGCGAAACCAUUUCGGUGCAUCCAUGCCAUCACAUCUCAAGCCGGAGUACCAAUUUCAAGGCGCCAUGGAGAAGACGUGCAUUCGGACCGAUGGACGCAACCUGGUGGAGGAGUGGAAGCAGCGCUGGAACGGUACGAAAGCGGCCUACGCUUGGAAAACUUCUGAUCUGAGGGCAGUCGAACUAGACAAGGUAGAACACCUACUCGGUCUGUUUAAUGAUGAUCAUCUUAGCUACGAUUCGGUGCGUGAUCGAUCUCCAGACGGCGAACCUUCACUGAGUGAGAUGACUGAGGCAGCGAUCAAGGUGCUGCAGCGGCCAGAUUCGCCCGGAUUUGCGCUGAUGGUUGAAGGAGGUCGCAUCGAUCACGCACAUCAUCAGAACCAUGCACACCUCGCAUUGGCCGAGGUCGUUGAGCUGGACAAGGCGGUCGAAACUGCACUCAAUAUGGUCGAUCUAGACGAAACCCUCAUUAUUGUUACUGCCGACCAUUCUCAUGCGAUGACCUUUAACGGCUAUCCAGACCGAGGGAACGACAUCCUAGGUUUCGGUAAUCGACCCAACGCAACUCCGUACGAGACGAUUACCUACGCAAACGGACCCGGCUUCCUGCAACACCGUUGGAACUCCAGCAUACUGACGGAAGAGUCUACCGAUUGGGCGACCUGGGUUAAGUUGAACCAGCUUAACAGAAGUGAAGUCACCUACCGGCAUCUAUCCGCGUUCCCGCUGCCGGAUGAAACACAUGGUGGUGAAGAUGUGGCCGUGUUUGCUUCCGGUCCCGGUGCCAAUCUCGUUCGGGGUACGUUCGAGCAGAACUAUAUCGCGUACGUAAUGAGUUACGCCGGAUGUAUAGGCCCUGCCAAACGAUUGAACGUUGCCUGUGAUGACGACUUCCUCCGGGAGUUUACCAAAGCGUCCGGUGCGCAACGUACCGCCUGCAGUAUUGUGCUAGUCAUCGCCUUCUUGCAUGCCAUCGUAGGAUUAGUUAGGCGAUUUUAAUGUUUAAGUGUUAUUGUAAU